UGCUGACCUUGCUCUGCUAGGUUCAUGGACAUCGUCGAUAGAGCCGAGAACGUUGACGAAGCGAGGAAGGUGAAAAAUUGCCGCUAUCAAUGCCAAAAACCGAAGAAACCUACGGGAGGGAUCGAAGAGCUCAAAAAAGUCUAAGACAACAAAAGAAGCAACUAAAGAAGACGAAGAAUCGGAAAACGCGAAAGAAAUGAAAAAGGAGAGAGAAUGAUGUCCAAGAAGAAGUUGAUGAAGGCAAGGAAACCGGGUCGGCCGAAGCUAGAACGAAUUCCGGGCUUUCCAAUAAUAGGGCAUUCUGAAAACGUUCACCAUUUACUUUGCAGAAACAGAGGAAUCCGCAAACGUGUUUUGAGUAGCAAGAACGAAUUCGUCCAAAAUUUGGUAUAUUUGUUGAGGCUGCGAUUGUUAUUUUAGAUACUAUCGAAAAAGGCAACAUUGCAAAAUGUCAUUACUCUGCGUCCUUGACUACAAUCUUAAGUGCAUUGCUCCGCUGCGAUAUAUUUGUCAACAGACUUUGCUGAUAAUUCGCGCGUUAACAGGAAAAUGACGACCGGUUGUGAACAUUACAAACGAUUUUGCAAAAUUCUGACGCCUUGUUGCACCAAGCCCUAUUCCUGUCACAUUUGCCAUGAUGACAAAGAGAAUCACUCAUUAAAUCGACAUCUGAUCCAGGAAUUAAUCUGCGACGUAUGUAAUCACGUCCAGGACCCCAAAAGUAAAUGCGAUAACUGUGGAACGGUAUUUGGCAUUUACUCCUGUCUCUAUUGCUUCGUGUUUGACAAUGAUCUUAAAGGGCAAUUUCACUGCUUCGAAUGCGGCCUGUGCAGAGUUGGAGGGGAAGCCAACUACUUUCACUGCAAAAUGUGUAAUAUGUGCUUUGCACUUCGAUUGAGGGCUAAUCACAAGUGCGUUGAAAAUUGUGCUGGAGGAAACUGUCCAUUAUGCGGAGAGGGGUUGCAUUCGUCCCGUAAAGAGCUACACGUACCAACAUGUGGUCAUCUUUUACACACUGAAUGUCACAACACUUUGGUCUCUAAUAAUUAUAAGAAAUGUACUAUAUGUAACCUUAAGACAAACUAAGUCGAUUUAAGUUUAUGCAUUAUAUUCACUAAAGCGAAUAUUUCAAAUAAACAGCAGUGCCUAAGCUGCAAA